CCACGUUCCCCUGCCCAUGUGUUAUUAGCAGUCUGUGUAUAUUUUUUUCAGUGGUGUUGUGAUCUCUAAUAAAUCAUAGUCACAAGUUUUCAGUCACAAUCAUCAUCAUGUCUUCAAGCUGCCGCAGACCCGAACACAUGGCACCUCCGGAGGUGUUUUACAACGAAGAAGAGGCCAAAAAAUACUCCCAGAACUCUCGGAUGAUUGAGAUCCAGACACAGAUGUCGGAGCGAGCCGUCGAGCUGCUCAAUCUGCCCGAGGAUCAGCCCUGUUACCUGCUGGAUGUGGGCUGUGGCUCUGGCCUGAGUGGGGAUUAUCUGUCUGAAGCCGGACACUACUGGGUGGGUGUGGACAUCAGCACCGCCAUGCUGGAUGUGGCCUUGGAGCGAGAGGUGGAGGGAGAUCUCCUGCUGGGCGAUAUGGGUGAGGGAAUGCCCUUCAGACCGGGCAUGUUUGACGGGUGUAUAAGUAUUUCAGCGCUGCAGUGGUUGUGUAACGCAGACAAGAAAACACACAGUCCACCAAAGAGACUGUACCGCUUCUUCAGCACAUUAUACUCAUCGCUGGCGAGAGGAGCGCGUGCUGUUUUCCAGAUAUACCCUGAAAACUCCGAGCAGUUGGAGCUGAUAACGGCUCAGGCCAUGAAAGCUGGAUUUACAGGCGGGAUGGUGGUAGACUAUCCCAACAGCAGCAAAGCCAAAAAGUUUUUCCUGUGUUUGUUUGCUGGUGUUUCAGGUGUUUUACCCAAGGGUUUGGAUUCAGAAACGGCAGUCAGAGGCGUUGUAAAUCAGGCUCAGUUCACUGCACAGAGGUCUCGUUUCAAAAAUAUGAAAGGGAAGUCUGCGAAGAAAAGUAAGGACUGGAUCUUGGAUAAGAAGGAAAGACGCCGCCGACAGGGAAAGGACGUAAGGGCUGACACCAAGUACACCGGCCGACACCGGAAACCUAAAUUUUAACUCUUCAAGUGCAUCGUACAUCCACUGAACAUACAGCAGAGUUGUCUGAUAUCCAAUUUACUGGAUCCAGUUACCACUCAUACCUGUGCUGAUCAGUGAGAACUAUGACCUUUAUGAGGAUCUCAACACAAUAGAGACACAAAUGGAGAGAGAUUUAUUAACAAACAAACAAUGAAUGGACUUUUUGUGCAGUGGGAUCAAUAUAUGGAUUAUCUCUGAAUUAGCUGAAUCCUUAAUAAACUAUAUUAAUGUAA